CCGUUGGUACGCCCAUGCGUGUCGGCAUCGCUACUAGCGACUUAUCGACUUGUGCUGCAAACUCUCAAGAUGAGCUUCCAGUUCUAAGUCGCGGGGUUUUCGGCUCUCAUGUGCCGUCAAAAUAUCAUUAAAAGUUCUGCGUUCGAACUGCGAUGACCAGAAGCUUGAAGUGUUCAGGAAAUUAUAUAUAUUUUCUUCCAUUAAAGUAUUUGAAUGAACGCCCAUUAAUCUAGCUUCUUAACUUUUCUGCUCAUUACUGAAACAUCUCUUUUUAUACUAUUAACAGAUAGCAUCAAGUAUGUGCAUCGAAAAAUGGUCAAGUGCUGGAGUGACGACACCAAGGUGUGGCCGACCAUGCGCGGACAGAAUAUAAUUUGCUACUUUCUCGAGACAAAGGCCUGUGACUGAAGGAGGCGAAGGCUUACAAAAGCCUAGACUCUUUUUAACUAUGUGCUAAGUGGGAGGGUAGGGGAAGUGCUCGUUCACAUCCCCACACCAGAUCUGACAUACCUAAAAGGUGAAGUGAGGCCCUCUCAGGCGGUCAACAAGAAACCACGUAUUGCGUGGUGUUGUGCCAGACCAUCUGGCGAGGUGCUGACUGCAGGGUGCACCUGCAUGACUGGCCAAGCACGCGUUUGCAGCCAUGCAGGUGCCAUCAUGUGGAAGGUGGAAAUGGCGGUGCAGCUGGGGCUCACAGGCCUAUCGUGUACGGACACUGGUGCCUCGUGGAACAAGGGAACUAAGAGGAAUGUUGAGCAAGCCGCAAUGACCGACAUCAACUUCAAGCUGGAAACAGGCACCAUGCAAAAGAACAAGGACGUCUUGCCACCGAAGAGAAGCCCAACGCCCCAACUGACGUCUGACGAGCAGCUCUCGGAUUUCUACAGCAAGUCUCCUUGCCCUCAUCUUAUGAGUAUUUCAGGCACUCUUCUCCACAAAACACUGAGAACAGAUCGUCCUGUGCAGCCUGUCCCUGCUCGCCUACCUGCUCUUUGA